AUGAAGCGCCUCUUCAGACGGCUCUCCCGCGUCGCCGCGGUCGACUCCGCCUCCGCCACGACAGCCUACCGCCAGCUCCGGUCCCCGAAGCAGGCUCCUUCCUCCGGCGGCGGCGGCGGCGCGAAGGUGCCGCAGGGGCACGUGCCGGUGUGCGUCGGCGAGGAGGGCGGCCCCGUGGAGCGGUUCGCCGUUCGCGCGGACCUCCUUGGCCGGCCGGCCUUCGCGGCGCUCCUCAUGCGCGCCGCCCAGGAGUACGGGUACGGCCACCCAGGCGCGCUCCGCAUCCCCUGCCCCGUCGCCGACUUCCGCCGCCUCCUCGUCCGCCUCUCCUCCGACGACCCCUUCGCCGCCGAGUGCUAGGCGUCCGCUCCGCCCUUCUUGGCCUGCCGCUGGAGAAUCUGCCCUUCAUUCCCCUUCUGGCAGAUUUACCCCUGGGCAAUGUACAAUUGUACGUACAGAGGCAGGCCGAGGAAGAGGCGCUGGAGCGAGGGCAGUGUUGGGGAUUUGAUUUCCUCCUGCAGCUUUGUAGUAACUUUUUUUUCUUACUGCAAGCAUGAGCUGAAUGGAAGAACUAAUAGGUGUUCCUUUUUCACCCCUUCUAGUUCUAGGAACUUCAGUGUAAGGGAGAUGCUAGUGUGUGAGUGUUGUGCUAGGGGAUUUUGAGGUGCUCUUCAGUGUUUAACCAUAUAGUACUAGAUGUGGUGAUCCUUAUGCUGGUUUCAUGCCAUGUUGUUGCUGAGGUACUAGCAGUAAUUUUUAUUAGUACUA